AUUUUAAUGUUUUUAUCACACUCCGGUACCUUUAAAGUUUUCUAAUGGGGUUAUAUGCCUGAGGCUACAGAACAAAUAACAGGGUGUGCUAGCGUGGAUGAUGAUGAUUGUUCAUUAUGGGUUUGUUGUUUUUGUGCUGAGAAAUCUCUGGAGUCAGUGCUGGCACCUCUGAAUGGGCUCAGAUUCACAAAAGUUGAUGCAGCAGAAAUAGCUGGACUGACAGACACUGCUGCCUUCAGUAUUUUUUCAUGUACUAUAUCUGUGAAUGCCAGCGAGUUUUUGUUAUUAUUACUGGUUACUUUGACACAUGCAGAUCAGUGGGUCAGUGAUGCAUUGAGGCGACAAUGGAGACUACAGACCGUGCCACUGAAGGCGACCCUCUGAAGAGGGGAGAGGACGGGGCGGAGACGGGAACAGCACCAUCAGCAACAGAACUGAAGAAGAAGAGUUGUAAGGAAGUCUUGGGUUUUGCCAAACUGACCCACUGGCGAACUGCAGUCUUCUUCCUCUCUUUGUUCCUCUGCCUGACCAUAGUAUUUGCCUUCUCCUUCAUCAUCCCCUGUCCUGUCAGACCGCAGUAUCUCGUUUCCUGGAACAGGACUUUUUCUGAAGCAGCAACCUAUGACUUCGUAGCUAUUGAAACUGCAAGCAGCGACAAGGUGAUGGAUGUCCUGUUUGUCCUCAAAAUGAGAGAAGGCAGUCAGAACAAUACGUGUGCUGAUGCAGGUCUGCCUUCACCAUGUGUGUUUGUGGUAGCAGUGGAUGGGACAGAUGGAGAGACCCUGUGGGAACGUCCAUUGCAUCCUGAAUUCCACUGGGCCCAGUGUGGUCUGGAGAAAGAAACAGGCAGAACAUGGGACUGUCUGCUAUCCCAUUUUGACCAGUUAACAGCUGUUGACAAAUACUCUGGUGAAAUUAGGUGGCAGCAGCCUCAGCCACCUGGUCUGCACAGCACUGUGCCUGUUCUUAGUGUCCCAGAUCUGGAUGGGGACAAACUCAGUGAUGUGGCUCUGGUGGCAUCUGACGUCACACAGACUCAGUUGAUCUUCCUCUCAGGAAAGACGGGUGUCCAAAUCGGUUCUACAGUGGCUCUGGACUCCACAGAGACACCCAAACCCCUUCUCCAUUGCACUACAGAAGGUUCUCACUAUGUACUGCUCCAAAAAGACACUGGCUUGUAUGGACUGGCACUGUGGAGGAUUGCUGCCAAGGCUAAAGCAGGGAUGGAGGUCAGCCUGAAGAAGGAUAAACACUGGGAGAGUCAUGCUAAUGCCACAUCUGGCCUUGUGCCCAUUUAUGAGUCUGACUCAGUGAGACAAGUGCUCAAGACAGAAGAAAAAGAAGAUCCAUCCAACCUGCUGCUUGUGACUGGGAAGGAGGUGGCAUUAGUCAACGGAAAAAAUCUACAGCUACUGUGGAGAUUCAAUACCAGCUCCGUCCUCAGUGAGCCUUCCUUUGGUCACUUUAACAAAGACGGGGUACUUGAUGUUGUGGUUGAGGAGGACAUUGGCAAUUACACAAAGAGGAUAAUAAUUCUUGAUGGGAAGUCUGGUGAUGAGCUGUGGGAAGUCAACCUUUCAGCCACUCCGAACGCACCGAGACCGGCCUCAAUACACACCAUCAACUCCAUUUCAAUCUUUGUGUUUUGGGGCGUAAUGCCCACAGAGACCAACUCUUCUGUACCUUUAAAAAGUGACCAACGUUCUUACAUGCUGCAUCCACUCUAUUCUAAAGUUCUUCUCGAGUCCACCAAUGUCAUGGACCACAUCAUAACAUUUAAAGCCACGCUGUUGGAGCGUGGGCGCCAUGCAGCCUACUUCCUGCUGACAGGACCUGGGACGGAGGGGGAUGAAGGCACUGUGGUCCUCACCAAGCGAAAGCUGAAGCAGGACAUCCCUCAGAGCAAAGUAGUCCGUAUUGGCCCCGGAGGAGGCUCAGAGACCAGUGAGGACAUCAAAGAGGCCUUCAGCCGACUCCGCUUCAGGGACUGGUGAAAGGACCAACUGUAACAUGUACAGUCAUUCCUUAUUGUUAAAACCAGUUUGGUACAGCUGACUGUACGGUGGCUUAACUUGGCUUAAGAACCAAAGUGUGUACUCUAGUUAUGACUUUCUAACUGCUGACAACCAAAAAAUUCCUUUCUGUUUAGAGACUUGGGCUGACUUGAUUUGACAGGGUUCUUCUGUUUCUCUCCAUUGGAAAAGCUGGGCAUUAUUUGUCUUCAGACUUGACUGUAUACAUAAAAUCAUCAGUCUAAUUUUAUCUAGCGUCCAAAGAGCUCUUUGUUCCCUGACAAUCACUACGCACAGAUGCUGUUCUCCUGCUGAUGAAUCAAGCGGACCUGCCUUGUUGUAUUGUUUCUAGCACUUUCAUGCAUCAAUGCAAUGCUCUUUUUUUAAAUUGCAGAGGCUGGAUUAUUAUUUGGAUCUAUGCAACUGUAUGUCACACUGUGCUUUAAAGGUAGCAGACGCACGCUACUACAGGUAGUAGCUCCUGUGUAUUCCAAAUUACAACAACCUUAAAGAUCACACUAUGAUAGGGCUAUUUUUCUUUGAGAAAAUUUAAUCAAACAGUACAGUAAAAGAGACAGCUGGACGGUCAAACUUGAAAUACGGCAGAAACACCACCAACCUUAAGUACACACUAUGUGGCUACAUGUUUUGUGACGUAUCCUAUUUGUGAAAGUACUGGUAAGAGAGUCCUGAAGUCAUUGGGACUGUUGCUAAUCAUGUGUGUCCAUUUCUCAAUCCAAGAUGCUGUAACUUGUGAUGUUAAUGCACACUGACUAAACCUUUGAGGCACUCAAUGCUGAGUCUCAAAGGAUCACGAUAAUAUUGAGUCAUUGCUGUGGGUUUGCAGCUUCUUACGAGGUAGUUUCUUUCCUUAGUGGUUUGUAACAGUUAAAUAAGUAAAAAUAUGUUUCUUGUUUUGCUGUAUGUUAAUAUAUUGAACCUGUGGGACAGGCCUUUGUUGGAGCUGGCUUUUCUUUCUGACUUGAUAUGCUUGAAUUUGAACAAUAUUAAACAAUUUGAAAAU